CAGUAACUUUUGUUCUUAGACUUUGGAAUUUGUUAAGACACUAUAUAUUAAACAUAGACAAAAAACUACAAACAAAUCAUCAUCCAAACAGUCAAUACAUCCAUUUACCACUCCGGAAAGCUUUUAUCAUCGUCAACUGCAUUUACCAUCACAAGCAAAUUGCUCUAUGCUUUCUUGUGCAAUCUUUCAAGCACUAGUAGAACCCUAAAAUAAGAUUACCAUCAGAUUCAUAUCUGUUUGUUUGCACUUUGCAGGGAAACAUGUGGGGUUGCUGCACCAUUGGCAGGUGAAUGGAUGAUGGAGGAGAGAUUGUGAGAGAACCAGAGUCUAAGAGCAAACCCACGUGAGCAUUCAGGGACAACAGAGAACCCAUUUAGCUUUUCUGAAGAUGCAUCAAUGCUUUCUCUACACAUAUCUGCAGACAGGUCCAAAAAUAUCUGCACAUACAACUGUCACUUGGAUCCUUUCAGUGACAGUGAGCUUCUUUGCAACAAUUCAGAAGAUACAAUCAUGGAGUUUCAAAUUGCAGUCUCUCCUCACUCGAACCCAGUCUGGCAUUCCAAAAGGCCACAUCGCGGUUUACGUAGGAGAUAUCAGGAGGAACAAGCGGUUCGUGGUUCCAAUAUCUUACUUGAAGCAUCCAUCAUUCCUGGACUUGCUCAACCGAGCUGAGGAAGAAUUCGGUUUCAACCACCCAAUGGGCGCUCUAACAAUUCCAUGCGACGAAGACACCUUCAUUGAUCUCACUUCUCGAUUGAGACGCUCUUGAAACAUGAAGGACAAAGAGCUGUAACUUCAACAAUUUUGACAGGAGCCAGUAAUUCCAGUUCCCACAACCAAAUAUGUGUAUAUUUUCCCCUGUAAAUGGGUGGGCAGAGUAAAACAUUCCUCUCCACCAAAUCAGCUGUUAGAAAUGAAAUUGAUGGUCUUCAGCAGUUGAUGCAAA